AUGGCCGACUACUCCCAAUACAACGGCAUAUCUCCCGCCAUGGAGAAGCUCCUUCCCCACAUCCCGGAGCCGCCGCCAGGAAUGACCAUCCAGACCCUCAAGCAAUACCAGAACAGCAGCCGCGAGGAAGCAGUACGCGAGGACAUGAAAUCGCUGGCCGACAAAGUCGUGAUCAAGGACCAUUCCAUCCCGUCCCGCGACGGCACCACCCAGAUCGAAGCCCGCAGCUACCGACCAGCCGACAAACCCGCCGACGCGAAACUUCCCAUCUUCCUCUUCUUCCACGGCGGCGGGUUCCUGCUCGGCACCCUCGGCACGGAGGACUCCACCUGCUCGCGCGUCGUCAUCGCGCUCGGCGACGUCGUCGUCCUGCACGUCAACUACCGACACACGCCGGAAUUCGUGUGGCCGACGCAGUGGGAUGAUUCCGAGGACGGACUGGAGUGGGCGUAUGCGAACGCCGAGGCUUUCGGCGGCGACGCGUCACGGAUCGUGGUGGGAGGGAUCUCCGCCGGGGCGCAAUUGACGGCCGCGCUGGUGCAGACGAAGAAGCGCGAGGGCGCGGCUUCGUUUGGGAGUCUCCUGGGCCAAGUCUUGAUGAUCCCGUGCCUGACGGAUGAGCCUGCGAGGGAGGCCCUCUUCGCGGCCAAAUUGAAGGACCCGAAAGUCUCCUCCUGGGUCGACAAUGCGGAUGCUCCGAUCUUGCCGGUCAGUCGGGUGAGGCUCUUUUCGCAGCUGCUCCUGCCUCAGGAUAAGGUGGUAGACACUGUGGAUCCGAGGGUGAGCCCGGGCAUCGCGACCGAUGAGGAGGUCAAGGGUCUGCCGCCGGCGGUGUUUGGUAUCGCAGGUUUGGACCCGCUCCGGGACGAGGGACUGUUGUAUGCGGAGCAAUUGGCUGCGAACGGCGUACCGACAAAGACACACCUGUUCAAGGGUGUGCCUCAUGGUCACCGACGGUUCGGUGACCUGCUCGCGAGUGCAUCCAAGGCCUGGGACGAGGUCUUGGAGGAUGGUGUUCGCUGGGCGUUAUCUCGGCCCAAGCUCGAGGCGAACUCGCCGGUCAUUGUUCAUGAAUAA